AUGGAUGAAAAAGCAGAUGAUGGAUAUAGUUUAUUAUCGCACCUACAAGUUCUACCUGGACAUUCAGAUAAUAGACAGCUAAGAGUAAAGUGGGACUGGAGUUCUAUGGAGAUUGCUCAAAAUUUGCUUCAGCAAGCCAAAAUUCUGUAUUACAAUGACUUGGAUGUUGGUAUACUUGGUCAAGAAAUUAUACAAGAUUAUAAAAUCAAAGAGUUCGACUUAAAAAAUCUUUAUCCAGAUACAAAAUAUUUAAUAUGUUUUCGUGUUACACGUAAAAAAUUUCCUCCAUUAGAAAUUCGAAAUAACAAAACGUUAACAAUUAAAUCCCCUUUAUAUCAAAAUGUUACAAAAGUCAUUGAUAAGUCCUUCUCUAAUGAUAAUCAACUAAGGCAUAUUAUUAUGAAGCAAACAAGUGUUAGCCAGUUGACAUUCAAUGAUAUCUCAUCUUUGAAUCGAACAGAGCAUUUACAGUCAAUAAAUAUCCCUAAAAAUAAUGAUGAAUAUGUGGCUGAAAUGAAAUGUCAAGUAGCGUUCACAAGAUUUUUACAUUGGACAGCAGUACUAUGCAGUCUAAUCGGAAUAAUUGUCGCCUUACUACUGUCAAUAACAAUAUUUCUUGUUUUCAAAUCACGUGCUUAUAAAACUAAACAUGAAAACAGAAAAAUGUUAUUAAAUCAAAAGGGUCAAUUACCUGGACGCAGAUCAUUAGUUAAACAAGAACAUUGCAUACAAAGUCAUAAUCACAACAGGAGUAAAUCGUCUUCCUCAUCCUCAUCUUGUCUUAAACCAUCAGAUAAAUCAGGAAUAGUUAGAGAUAAGCCUUCAAGACAUAAUGUAACUUCAGAAGUUAUAUGUGAAACCCAUCCCAUAGAAUAUGAUCAUACUAGUGAGCUGCAUAUAUCUGAAAAACAACUGGAAGAUUGGGAAAAUGAAUUGAAGAAUAUUGAAGAAUUUGAAACAGUUGUCAGUGAUGUAAAAGCUAUCUCUUUAAUAAAAUCAACAUCCAGUAUUGUUGAUAAUAGUGACAGUAACACUGCACCGAUCGCUAACACUGUAAAAGCCCGAAAGAAUUCACAAAAUAUCCCACAAGACUCAAUAUUACUACUAGAAAGUAUAGAGUCAGUUAAAGAAAUGGAGAGUACGAGAACUGUUUCUUUUAAAGAUGAUACUUCUAUGCUUUGUAUAGCUACCGAUGUGAACAGUGAUAACUGUAAACUCAAUCAACAUACAAUAAGGAAAGACUUACCAAAUUCAACCAAUUUAACAUCAUCGCAAUUUAAUUUAACAAGUCCACAUCGUGAAGAGUUCCACGAUUUAAAUAAACCAGUUAGUAUAUCUGUCACAGAAUCAUAUCUUGUACACUCUAGGCACCACGUACCAGAGUAUUUAUCAUCAGAAAACAACAAUAAUGAUUCCAUUUUGUUCAUUACAGCAGAUUCUGUAACUAAACCAGUGAAUGCUAUAACAGAGUCAAGUUUUUCUACAACGCAUAUAGAUUUCUGCAAAGAAUAUAAUCAUACAUAUGAAAUACAGAGUCCUCUACUAAAAGAUUGUGAACGAAAAUCACAUUUAUUUAUUAACGAUGAAAACUUUGCUGACAGUGUUUUUGACACUAGCAGACAUGCAGUAUGCAGUGAACCUAGUUUAAUAGUAACAAGCCCACUACUAACAACUGUACAAAGCACAUUGUUACCAGUACAAACAACACCAACAAAUGGGAAAAAAACAUCCUUAAGCACAACGGAGAACAAAACUCAUUUGAAUACACCCAUAGAUAGUCGAAAAAAUACGAUUCAAAGAGAUGAAAAUUGGUUGCUAAGAUCAGAAGAAUUAUCCAGUGUGUUAAUAAGUCAAAAUGAACAAAAGUCUAUUUUCCAUACACAAUUAGUCGAAACCCUGUGAUUUACUGCUACUAAGAUUCUCA